AUGCCGGUCCAGCAACCGGCCAUGGAAGCUCAACCCACGGUUUCGAGUUUCAAGGCGGAGGUCACCAGUGAUCCAGCUGUCAAGAUCACCGUUCUACCCACUGCGCUCGUCAAGCUGCGCGGUAAGAAUGGUGUCUUCCACACUGCUAGGGCGAUGAUAGACUCGUGCUCUGGCGCGUCGCUGAUAAGCGAGGCCUGCAUGACGCGACUCGGGAUCAGCCGGAGCAACGCGCGGUUUCCUGUAACCGGAGUUGCCGGGACACAAGCAGGAACCACCCGGGGAAUGGCGCUGCUGGAGAUUGCACCCCGUUUCAGCGACGAAGUGGUGAUGAAGACGCAGGCGUACGUGCUCGAAGUGUUGGCUCCCCCCACACCGUGUCAAAGCUUCAAGCCCAAGCAAUUGGAACUACUCCGAGGGCUCCAGCUAGCCGAUCCGGAGUACUACAAAGCGGGACCGGUAGACGUCAUCCUAGGCGCCGAGCUGUUCCUGCCGAUUCUACAAGCGGGCCAGGUUACAGACGAGGACGGUCUACCCGUGGCCCAGAAGUCGUCGCUCGGCUGGCUCGUCGCCGGCAAGUUCGGUGGUGAAACAAUGCUGCAAACAAAUCUGGUGUCCUUCGCGGUGCAGCUAGAUGUCAACAUCGACCAGACGCUGCGCAAGUUUUGGGAAACCGAGGAAGUGCCUGCGGCCAAGGUACUCACCGCCGACGAGAAGCGCGCUGUUGACAUCUUCAACAUGACCACCAGGCGCAACGACGAGGGCCGAUUCGUGGUUCGGCUCCCCUUCGACGACUCCAAGCCGGCAUUGGGCGACUCGCUCGGUGCGGCACUCAGAAGGCUGCAUGCGAUGGAGCGGAAGUUCCUCUCGAAUCCGCCGUUCAAGCAAGCCUACCGCAACUUCAUGUCCGAGUACCAGCAACUGGGACACAUGGAGCUCAUCCCGCAAUCCGAAGUCGACAAGCACCCCAGCGAGUGCUUCUAUUUGCCUCACCACGCAGUCCAGAAGGAGGACAGUUCAACAACGAAGUUGCGUGUCGUCUUCGAUGGCUCGUGCAGAACCAGUUCUGGCGUGUCGUUGAACGACCGGUUGCUGAUUGGUCCAAACAACAACGAAGACCUGUACGAAGUCUACUGCCGCUUCCGCACCUACCCCGUGGUCUUCGUGAGCGACAUCGAGAAGAUGUACAGGCAAGUACGGGUGGACAAGCAGGACACGGACUUCCAACGGAUCGUCUGGCGCGAUGAUCCCGACCAACCGGUGCAGCACUACCGUCUGACGACGGUGACGUACGGCACUUCAAGCGCAGCCUACUUAGCGACCGAGUCUCUCCGACAAGCGGCCCGAGACAACGCUGAGAAGCACCCCGUAGCAGCUGACAGGAUCCUCAAAGGGUUCUACGUGGACGACCUGAUGUCCGGCGCCGACACAGUCGAAGAAGCUCAAGAGCUAGCUGGCCAGAUCACAACCAUCCUGGGCAAAGCUGGAUUCGUCCUCCGUAAGUGGUCCUCCAACGCACCCGAGCUGCUGGAGAACAUCGCAGACAGCCGACAGGGACCAGUCCCUGUUGAGUUCACGAACGUGACAGCGUCGGUCAAAGCACUUGGAAUUCACUGGUCUCCAACUAGUGACUGGUUCGAGUUCAAGGUCAACCUGGACAUCAACAGCCCGAACACGAAGCGUCAACUCCUCUCCGACGCAUCCAGGCUAUUCGACCCGUUCGGAUGGCUCGCUCCAGUGAUCGUCAAGAUCAAAAUCAUCUUCCAACUGCUGUGGCUGUACGACUUGCUGUGGGACGACCCGCUGCCACCCCUUCCCGAAGCAGAUUGGAACACUAUCAAGCAAACGCUUCACCUGCUGGAGCGGAUUCGCGUGCCUCGCCGAAUUCCAGCCUUCAACGGCAAGUUGCAGUUGCUCGGAUUCUCGGACGCCUCGGAGUCGGCGUACUCAGCAGUCGUCUACGGCCGGUCUGCGGACCGCAACGGGAAAAUCCACAUCGUGCUGAUUUGCGCUAAAACCAAGGUUGCGCCAAUUCAGCAGAUCUGCGUCCCAAAGCUCGAACUCAACGGUUCCUGGCUGCUGGCCGCCCUGAUGAAGCGAGUCUCCUCGCUUUCGAUCCUGGACUUCCUGCCCAGGAGCAUGUGGCACCAUGUGUCAUCGAAGGACAACCCGGCCGACUGUGCGUCGCGAGGGAUCUCGCCGCUCGAGCUGCUCAACCAUCCGCUGUGGUGGGACUCCCCCUACUGGGCUCACAGCGAGCAGUCGUUCUUGGAACACUGCGCAGCACCAGCACCGAAGGCACCACCCCUCGAAGAACGACAAAUUCGCACAUUCUGUCUGGAGAUUGGCUCCCCGCGUAGCAACUUCACCCUGGAGCGCUACCUUCUCGAUCGGUUCUCCUCGCUACGCCGCUGCACUCGGACGCUGGCGACGAUCCGACGGUUCCUGUUCAACCUGGCGCGACCGAAGGUGGAACGCUUAACCGGACCGCUGACACCGGCGGAACUCAAGGUAGCUGGUCUACAACUCGUGCGACUAGCACAACACGAAGCAUUUGCGAAGGAGAUUGCCUGCCUGCGCAAAUCGACCGAGGUUUCCAACAAGAGUAAGCUGCGCCCGCUCUUUCCGUUCAUCGACCGAGACGGAACACUUUUUGUCGGAGGAAGGCUGCAGAACGCCGACAUCCCCUACGACAUGAGACACCCGCCCAUUCUGCCGCAGCAGCACCGACUGACAACACUUGUCAUUCAAGACCUUCACCUGGACAACCUACACGCAGGGCCUACCUUGGUGAUCUCAACCCUCAACCAGCGUUUUUGGGUGAUGAGAUGCCAGACGGUCGUGCGACAGCAACUGCUAAAGUGCGUCCGCUGUUGCCGAAUGAAAGCCAGAACCGCUCAGCAGCUGAUGGGAAGUCUUCCCGCGGUACGAACAACACCGGCCAGAGCAUUCGUCCACGUCGGAGUCGACUACGCAGGCCCAAUCCUCGUCAAGAGCGGCAACCCAAGGAAACCACACGUGACAAAGGGCUACAUCGCAGUGUUCGUAUGUCUCUGUACGAAAGCUGUGCACUUGGAAGUCGCCGGUGACCUGUCUACGAAGGCCUUCUUCGGUGCACUCAAACGGUUCAUCGCCAGAAGGGGACUGUGCACCGAGAUAUGGUCCGACAACGGGACGAACUUCGUCGGAGCCGAUCGGCAGAUGCAGGAGUUUUUCGAAACCGACGAGUUCAAGCAACAAGCCGCCCACUUCGCUGCCAACAUUGGGAUCAAGUGGACCUUCAUUCCGCCUUCCGCACCCCACAUGGGAGGAUUGUGGGAAGCAGCGGUCAAGAGUGCGAAGACCCACCUGCGCAAGGUCCUGGGAAACGAGUCGGCCACCUACGAAGAGCUCUACACCAUCCUGACGCAAAUCGAGACCUGCCUCAACUCGCGCCCACUUUGCGCCCUCUCCAACUCUCCCGAUAGCUGCGAGGCCCUCACCCCCGGACACUUCAUCAUCCAACAGCCGAUGAACCUCCUGCCGGAACCCAGCGUUUCGGACGUACCGCGUAACCGACUGGACAACUGGCAGCUCGUCCAGCAGAAGGUGGAAGAAAUCUGGACGCGUUGGCGCAACGAGUACGUGACGUCGCUGCAACCGCGCAGCAAGUGGCAAUCAGAGAUCGACAACCUGCAGGUCAACCGCUUGGUGCUGGUCAAGAACGAGAACACCCCGCCGGCCCAGUGGGAGUUGGCCAGAGUAGUUGCGACACACCCGGAUCGCAAUGGCAUCGUGCGGACCGUCACGCUGCGCAGAAGAACAACGGAGUACCAGAGACCGAUCCAGAAGUUAGUUCCACUACCGACUGAUUGA